GCGGCGUCGGCGUAUCAUUGGUAUGUUUGGGUGUCAGCUAUUCCCUACUGAUCUAAAACAGUGAGAGAAUUUGCACAGACGAGGAGAUCUUCGCUCGCCCAGUAUUUUUUUUAGUUGUUUAUUUGCUCUGGAUCACUAAUAUUAUUAUUUUUUUUACGGUAAUGCUUAAAAAACAUUCCAACCAUACGUGAAAUUUGAUACUGGUUGAAAUGUUAUUUUAUUAAAUUGCCGUGGAAAAGACUGCCACAACACGAUUCGAGUAGCCGAAGGAAUGAGAUGCAAUCAUAACUAAAGUAAGCAUAGGUAACAAAAGAAAAAAACAAAACAGUUGAGUCGAUCAAUUGUGGGGCAACCGACCCACAGAAUAUACGUUUUAACUUUUAGGUUAGGUUCACAUAAUUUUUUUUUGAUUGUUGGUUGUUAAUCCGCUUUUUCAAUUUGUUUUUCUAGUUUUAUUUUAAUUUUUAUUUGAGAGAGAAUAAAAAAAAAACAAAAAUGACAAGUACUAUGGAUGUGGACACGCAUGAAGAGCAACAACAAUAUCAGGAGAAUCUGUGCCCGUUCAGAAAUGGGAUCAAGAGGGAGUUUCAUGUAUUGGACGAGGUCGAGCAUGACUCCGAGUCUGACGGAGAAUACAGCUCGGACACUGACGUACCGGAUGAUGAAAUUGAGCAAAUGCUUGAGGAUGCUUUUAAAGAUGGAAAGAGGAAGCUAGAGAGUGCACAGCCGUACAAAGAAAAGGAAAAAACGGUUUUAAUUGAGAAAGGCCAUAAUCACUUUGAUAUUCUUCCAGAAGGUUGGGUGCAAGUUACACACAACAGUGGUAUGCAUCUAUAUUUGCAUAAGCAAUCUAGAGUGUGUACCCUUUCGAAACCUUACUUCUUGGGACCUGGAAGUGCCAGAAAACAUGAUGUUCCUUUGAGCGGUAUUCCCUGUUUGAGCUAUAAGACUGCACUGUUGAAGGAAGUUGAGAAACUGAAGGAGGAAGACAAUUCGCAAGACUUACCGAACGCCAAAAUUGAAACAAUAACUGAAAACAUAGAGUCCAAUAACUUAAAUCCGGAACAGGUUCGCGAGUACUGCGAAAAGCUGUUCCAUUUCAAGACUAUAAAGGUGACCAGAUUCAAGUCGUGGUCGGAAAGAAGACAAUUCAGCAAGAGGAGGAAACACGAGAAGCAAUUGCAGAGACCGACUCUACCCGACGGCACUAAACUUAUCACGUUCCCUAUACAAGCUUCAGACCAGGAGGCGGGCGGGCCCAAGAAAGAGUGGAUCAUGAACCCGAACGGCAAGUCGUACGUCUGCAUAUUGCAUGAAUACGUUCAGCACGCUUUGAAGAAGCAGCCCACGUACAAGUUUGCCGAAUUGGAGAACGCUUCGACACCGUACUCUGCAACCGUCAGCAUUAACGACAUGAGAUACGGCAUGGGAUAUGGGACGAGUAAAAAGCAAGCGAAAUCCGAAGCUGCAAAAGCUACGCUCGAAAUUUUGAUACCGGAGAUGCGUUCUAAAAUUAUGGCCGACGAUAAAACUGGUAGCACGAGUGCCAGCAAGGAUCAAGAUUUAUCGUUUUUUGACGAAAUCAAAAUCGAGGAUCCGAGGGUCGCCGAGUUCUGCGCGAAGACGACGGAACCGUCUCCGCACGAUAUCUUACUCACUUGCUUGCAAAGGAAUUUCGGUCUAGGUGAUAUACAAAUCAGCUAUCAGGGUCACACUUUGAAGCAUCAGAAGAAUGAAUUUACCAUGGUCGUUGGAAAGCACACGGCUACUGUGAUCUGCAAGAACAAACGCGAUGGAAAACAACGAGCUUCACAAGCCAUCUUACAAGCUCUGCAUCCGCACAUUUCCAAUUGGGGCUCAAUAUUACGUCUGUACGGUAACCGAUCAAUAAAGAGUUUCAAAGAGAAGAAACUCGAGGAGCAGGAGAUUACUUUGUUGCAAAGUAAGGCGGCCGUGAAUUCGCCAAAUUUUGCCAUUCUCGAUAAACUCAAGUUGGAAUUGAGUAAGCUUCGUGAUAAGCGCGAGUCGAUUAGGCCUAUCGGUGUGUUCGUUCCGCCGGAGAACGAAAAUUUGCCAAAUUUCAGUUCGUCCAAUUUGAAGAACGUCGAUUUAUGAGAUUCGAUCAAGACGGAGUAUUCGUAAACCCGUGUACUCCAUAACAAGAAAAAAGAUAUUUUAAGUAAAACUGAAUUUAUUAUCCAUAGUUAAUCAAGUAAUGAACUAAAAGGCAACGCGAAACAAUGAAUUAUUAUUAUUAAUAUAA